AUGUAAGCAAUAACAAAACGCAUUUUGCCAAGCAAGAGGUAGGGUGAGUGUGUAGUUCUGCUUUAAAUUAUUUUAAAAUAAUUAAAUUUCCUUAUCAUUGAUCAUGAGCAUAUCAAAAUAACGAUUUGAUUACGUUUAAGUCGUGAUUCAUUAUACUACUUCAAGAUGACAGACCUCAAGGCAACGACCCCAGGAUCUUCGAGUUCAGCCAAUGUUCAAGAGUUCAAGAUCAGAGUGCCCAAGAAUGUAAAGAAGAAGUACCAUGUGAUGAGGUUUAAUGCCACCCUCAAUGUGGACUUUGCAAAGUGGACACAUGUCAAAAUGGAGAGAGAAAAUAACAUCAAAGAGUUUAAAGGCAUUGAAGAGGACAUGCCCAAAUUUGGUGCUGGGUCAGAGUAUGGACGAGACAUGCGCGAGGAGGCGCGGCGGAAGAAGUUCGGCAUCAUCUCCCGCAAAUACAAGCCUGAAGACCAACCCUGGAUCCUCAAAGUUGGGGGCAAGACUGGCAAAAAAUUCAAGGGCAUUCGCGAAGGCGGUGUAUCAGAAAAUGCCGCCUACUAUGUGUUCACGCACGCAGCCGACGGCGCCAUCGACGCUUACCCACUGCAAGAAUGGUACAACUUCCAACCUAUACAAAGAUAUAAGGCUUUGUCGGCGGAGGAGGCGGAACAAGAAUUUGGAAGACGCAACAAAGUGAUCAACUACUUCUCUCUGAUGUUGCGCAAGCGCAUGUGCGGCGACGGCGCGGCCGACGACGUCGACGACCCCGACGAGAAGAAGACCAAGGGCUCCAAAGCCAAGAAAGAUCUGAAGAUAUCAGAGAUGGAUGAAUGGAUCGACUCGGACGACGACUCAUCGGAUUCGGAAGGUGGCGAGAAAGAGAAAGACGAAGAGGAAGCCGCUGCUAAGAAGAAAAAGAACAAAAAAGGAGCACCUUUAAAAAACAAAAACAAGAAGAAGAAGAAAGUAGAAGAUGAAGCUUUUGAGGAUAGUGACGACGGAGACGAAGAAGGAAGAGAGAAGGACUAUAUAUCUGACUCGUCCGAGAGUGAAUCGGACCAUGAAACUAAAACAAAUAAGGAACUGAAAGGAGUUGCAGAAGAAGAUGCACUAAGGAAACUUCUAACAUCGGACGAAGACAGUGAAGAGGAGCAAGAACAGAAGCAGGAGUCGGAGCAAGAAGAUGAGCCUACCAAAGAGGGAGAAGAGAGGGCCAGCAAACUCACCAAGAAGAAGAAGAAACCAGAUGAGGCAAAAAAAGAUUCGAGUAGCGAGUUCAGUUCAGAUUCGGACACAGAUCCAGAAAGCAGCAACAAGAAAACAAGGAAGUCUAAAAACGGGACUGACAAAAAUGCUGGCGGAGCGAGCGGGUCGGGGAGCGCAAACACAUCUAGAGCCGGAACGCCGACGCCUACGGCCGCCAUGGCCGCAGUGGCUGCGGCCAAUGCGGCCAACGCCAACCAACCGCCCUCCAAGCGGCCCAAGCUCGAUCCCUCAUACACCGAGUGCGGCGUAACAGAGGAAGCCGUCCGGCGGUACCUGGCACGCAAGCCGAUGACGACAACUGAGCUGCUCACAAAGUUCAAAUCCAAACGCACGGGUGUAAGUUCGGAGCGGCUUGUAGAGACCAUGACGCAGAUCCUGAAGAGAAUCAACCCCGUCAAGCAGAACAUCAACGGCAAGAUGUAUCUUAGCAUCAAACCUUCGUGAUUGUAAAUAUUAAUAUGAAAUAAAUCGUGGUUUUAUUAAUA